AUGGUGAAGUACAGUAUGGAUGAGUCAAAUGAAAAUAUGGUGGAUCAACAUUGCACUAUGACAAAAAUAGUCGAUUCUGCAUCUGAGAUACUUCCACCAUUCUCACGAACUUUUGAUUCAACGAAAGAUUGUCCGAGACGAAUCAAACUUGAAUUGUAUCAAUUAGUGUGGUUAAUUUCAUCUCCUCCGAUGUUCAAUAGUGAACAAAUCAAUGAGAAUUUAAUGUUUGAAAGGUUUACAAAUGUUGUUGAUAAAACAAUGAUAUUCAACAAUAUCGACGAAUGUUUAGCCCAUCUACAGCAAUCGGAGCAGGAUGGUUUUAUAACGUUUUUAGUAUGCUGCCAUUCGCUUAACGAUAUGUUAUUUCCUCAACUAGUUGAUUUACACAGCAUUCAAUCGAUCCAUGUUCUUCGUCAAAAUCAACAUGAACAUGGAAGCGAAUUUUUCAAAACUGUAAACGUCUAUGAUUCAUUAGAAAGUCUGAUAUUGAACUUAUCAAAUAGUCUGAAUAACUUCAGAAAACACGAUGAUAGAAUAGUUUUCACCCGAAUCACAAAUAAAUCUGAUAUCGAAGAAGAAAACACAACGGAUAAAGAAUGGUCCUGGUGGGUAAGAUUUAUUGAAAUUCUAGUCCAUCUUCCAUAUCCAAUCGACUACUGUCGGCAAAAAUUCAAUCUACUAAAAGAACACUACAUCGGAAAUAAUACACAAACCAAUUUAAUCGAUGAAUUUCAAUUGAAUUACCAACCAGGCAAUGCCGUCUGGUGGUAUAGUCGUGAUACAUUUCUCUAUCGUCUACUUAACCAAGCCCUCCGAAAACACAAUGUUGAAUUGUUAUUUUUGUUUGGCUGGUUCAUCCAAGACCUAUACAANUGUUGUAUGAUUAAAAACAAAACAUUUUCUGUAUUUCCAUCGAACAUUAUCAGAAUUUUAAAAGCAAAAAGCAUCGUGUCCCUAUCCGAAAGAUGCAAAUUUUGGGAUUUGUACCUGACUUCCGGACACAUAUAG